AAGAGAUUUAUAAACUUAAUAUAGAAAAAUUAAUUUAUUUAUCAUACUUUUUUAUCAAGUGUAGUUCCUUUUGAAGAUAGUGUCUUCAAUUAAUAAAUAUACUAAAUUUCACUUCCUAUACUAAAGAUGCUAUCAAACAAUUGUUAUCAUUGAAUACUAUUUCAGCAUUUCCGUAUAAAAUUGUCUCUAUAUAUAAAUAUGUGAAAAUUGAUAUAAUUUUUAAAUGUUAAAGUAGAAUAUAAACUUGCAAAAUCAAAAAUGAAACUUGUUAUUAUUGCAGUAUGUUUUUUAUUUAUAAAUAAUUGUUUCUGUAAAUUUCAUCACAUUAAACAUUAUAAUGUCCAUCACAAUAAGAAACAAAUUACCAAGAGACUUCUUAAUUCAACUCAAAUUGCUAUUGAAAAAGCACCAUUUAUGGCAGUAGUGGAAGCUGAUAAAUCUUUUCCGAAUUCCCAUCCAUUUUCAACCGCAGUGAUUAUUUCAAAUCUCUUUUUACUCUCUACAUCAGAAUUCUUUUCGUUACAACAAGGAAAAGAAAUGAGAGCCUACAUAGGACUGAGUAACAUAAAUCUGGCUAAACCUGACGAUAUAUACGAAGUUGAGAAUGUCACUAUUAAACUUCCUAGAAAUGAUUCAUAUUCGAGUGGUAUUGCUUUAAUAAGACUGAAGAAAGAAAUUGCAUUCAAUUAUCGUCAUAGACCGAUAGCUCUAUUUGCCAUGAAUGAGGUAAUAAUGGAUCAAAUAACAGAGUUUACUCUAAUGGGUUAUGGAUAUAGUCAAAGAAAUAGAGAAAACAGUUUAGGAAUUCUCUCACGUAAAACAAUGCGUCUCAACACAAGGGACAUUGAAUUAUCAAAUGCCUACUUUUCAAUAUCAACGAAUCUUCAAAUGUGUCCUGGCGAUCAAGGAGAUCCAUUAAUCGUGAAAAAUAAAUUAAUUGGAUUCGCUAUUUAUCCAAAUAGUUGUGAUGCAAAUUCUCAAAAUUUAACUAUCUUCACAGGUGUUAAACGUCUUUACAACUGGAUCAAACUUACAGUUGGCAAGAAAAAUUUUACACAAGCGAUAAAGAGAGCCUAUCCUAAAACCUCUUCCAAUUUAUUCCUUCACUUUACAUGAAUCAUUUUAUUUACAAAUUCUUCAUACACUUUGUAGAUAAUAAUGUGGUAAUAAUAAUUCAAGGUAAAAAAAUGUAAAAUAACUAAAAUAUAAAUAGUUUUUAAUUUUUAUCAUCAAUAUUCUUGUUAGAAAUGAUAAUUUUGACAAGUUAUCGAGAUAGUGCUUAAUCUUUAAACUUGAGAUAACACUUUUUUUGUAAACAAAUUAGUAAAAUUUGUUUGCAGAAUAAAUAAAGAAAUAUAGAAUUACAAA